AUGCCGCAGGACACCCCGCGCGGCGAUCCCCGGCGCCGACGCCAGGCGCUGGCCGUGGUGCUGAUUCUGUCAGGCGCUGGCGGCGGCGGUGGCGGCGGCCCCGCUCCUUCUACCCGGCAAGACCCCGCUCUGUCCCCCGCGCCUACGCCCCGCCGAGCCCCCAGCUUCCCCACCGUAGCUCCGACCCGGGGCGCGGCCGUAACCGGCACCAUGCCCUCGGUAGCCCUGCUGCUCCUUCCCUCGCUGCUGGCGCUCCUGGCUCACGGCCUGCGGUCCUGCUUAGCCCCCGCCCACCCCAUGGCCGCAGACUCGUCGCGGAAGGACCGGCACCCCACCCUGCUGCCCCCGGUCCUCCGCUCGCAGUCUGGUCCCCAACUUCAUUGGUCCCGGGGUCCUUUCCUGACCCACCUGGACCUCUCCAAUGCCCGUGGGGCCAUCUGCCCAAGGAGUAUGCGGGGACUCUCCUCAGAGACCCCAACCACGGGGGAAGGGCAGGCCCCAGGCAUCGAGGAGACGGAUGGGGAACUGACAGUGGCCCCCACACCUGAGCAGCCGGAGCGAGGCGUCCACUUCGUCACAACAGCCCCUACCCUGAAACUGCUCAACCACCACCCGCUGCUCGAGGAAUUCCUACAAGAAGGGCUAGAGGGGGGCGAGGCAGGGCUGAGGCCGGCGCUGCCCUUCCAGCCGGACCCACCUACACCAUUCACCCCGAGUCCCCUUCCCCGCCUGGCCAACCAGGACAGCCGCCCUGUCUUCACCAGCCCCACUCCGGCCAUGGCCGCGGCACCCACUCAGCCCCAGUCCAGAGAAAGACCCUGGAGCCUGGAGUCAGAGGCUCCUGUGCUUCGUAUCACAGCUCCCCUGCCUCCAGUGCCCACCCCAGGCCCAGGGGAAAGGCCCAGUACUACACCCCCUAGCAGAGCAUGGACUCCAACCCAGGAGGGUCCUGGAGACAUGGGCAGGCCAUGGGCUCCAGAGGUUGGGCCCCAGACCACGGGACUUGGGAUGGAGGGAACUAUCGCCACAUCUACAGCUUCAGGGGAUGAUGAGGAGACCACCGCCACCAUCAUCACCACCACCAUCACCACCGUCCAGCCACCAGGCCCUUGUAGCUGGAAUUUCUCAGGCCCAGAGGGCUCUUUGGACUCCCCCAUGGCCCCCAGCUCACCUAUUGAUGUCGGCCUGGACUGUUUCUACUACAUCUCCGUCUACCCUGGCUACGGCGUAGAAAUCAAGGUGGCUUUGGAACCUGAAGAAUUACAGAUACUGCAGACCAGUACCCAUGGAGAGUGGCUGCACUGGAACACAGCUCUCCCGUGCCAGGUCAGCUGCCAGUAUGAUAGCCGGAACACUGGGACCAGGCCUGAUGUGGACACCAGCCUGGCCUUCAAACAAGUGACAAAUUACAUUGCAGCCACUGCAGCAGGCCUGCAAAAUCACAGAAUCUCCAAGUUUGAAGGGACCUCAUCCAGCCUCUGCCUGCAGCAGCAAUUCCCUGAGGAAUGUCCCCGGCAGAUGGUCAGGCAGCCUCCACCCGAACGAACGAACGAACGUGCCCUGUAA